AUGACCUCUCUCACAUCGAUCUGCGCGAACUGGAGUCCCGAGAAGACGGAAUGCAAGAAGGAAGGGCGAGCAACCUGCAAGGGAUGCUUCUUAAUUACUUAUUGCAGCAGAACAUGUCAAGUGACUCACUGGUCUGAGCAUCGGAAGGACUGUAAGUCCUUCUUGAAGAAGGAAACAUGGCAUCCUGCGUGGAUUCUUGAGAGAAGAUUCCCUAUGCUCACGCAAGGCGGCUUCGAGAUCUAUGCUAAGGACCUUCGCCUUUUGUUUGCGGCCUCAGGAGACCUCCGCAAUGUCGUCAAAACCGUCGCCGACCUGCCAACCGCCUAUAGUGGCCCCCUUGAUAUCACAAUCAAUGACCAAGAUGAAGAUGCCGUGAUCCGGAAUGUGAUAUUACUCCUUGUGGCACUUGUUUUCGAUGACCCCAAUGAAGCUAUCGACUGCAUAAUCCACCUCUGGUACUCGGCACUUGUGCGGCAAUCCGACAUCCGAGUGCUCUCGGAUCGCAUUUGGCCCCUCAUUCAGGACGUCUGUCACACCACGAUCGAUCAUGAGCGAUUGGAACCCGUUUCAAAAACCUGGAACUUUAGGGCUUGCUCGCUGAGCGUAACAUUAGGACGCGCGGUGUGGUCUCGUCUGCUGUCCUAUUGCAACAUCCCAUCUGGCUUGACAGCUGAGAGUGCCCAGAAGAUCCGCACAGGACAGGUUUUUGGUGCUUCAGAGAAGGACCUUCACGAUGAGCAUAUGAUCUUCCUUUCUCCGCGCCAGCGGCUUGCAUACCAUAAAUUUAGACAAGACGGCCUUCUACUUCCAUUUGGUUACCCUCGCCACGAUUUUGUGCAGCCAAACCCGACUUUAUUCCAGUAUAGAGGAGUCUGGCCUCUGAUGGCUCGUGCGAAUCCGCUUAGUGGAUGGUCGCUGAGAGACGUCCUGGAGACACGCAGCGGGCCCGCCACGGCAGACGUUUACGGCAAGCUGUUCCGCUACCUCCACAAAACGCUGGCCCGUUUUGUCGAGCGAUUGUCCAGCACAAAGAUUGCCUUCCAGUUCCAUCAGACUACUGCGGCCCAUCUUGUAGAAGGUCUCGAUAAGGGCUCCUUUGACCGAAUUGAACUCUCGAAUCUUGCAGACAACAAUCACAUGGGUGCCUAUCAUACCCUCUCGACCAUGAUCCCCUUGCUUCGGCCUCCGCAGCAGAACCCACACGCCACCCUCAUCACUCUGUUCACGACCGCCAUCAGCAGCGUCACGACCCUCGAUGAGGGGCUCACAUCCAUGUUCGCCGAUCCUCAAACCCAAGAACUCCUAAGAAGAUACAGCCCGGAGACGGAACGAUGGUCUGUUUUUGAUGCCGCGUCCCUCAGAAAGGCCUCCGCUCUCCAGCUCUUCGCGCCAGUCGACAGACUCUUCGAUAGGUAUCUGAGGACAUUUGCAGUCCUGGAUGCGGCUAGCCGGGUCGGCGCGAGGAUCAAGGAACCACACAGCAUCGUCGCGAAAUGGCCUUACCGGAUGCGGUUGCGGCCUGAUCAGGAGGGCGCGCUGCAGGAGCUGAGGCUCUGUCUGCGGGAGAUCCGAUCGAGUAGGGAGCGAUAUGUGGAGUGGAAGCGAUCGGUCUAGGGCCUUGGUUGGUCACGCUGUGGUACUUUGUAGUGGUUUAUGUACCGGUUGUCGGUUUGAUGUGUUAUGAUGGAAGAUCUUU